UCAGCCAAUCACAGACGCUAAAACUGGUGUACAUUAAACGCGAGCUGGACUCGUACACAGGUAGAGAGCAGCGCCUGCGGAAGCAUGGAGACGAACAGCACGGCUGACAUCUUGUCCUCGGCGUACCUCGCCGUAGAGUUUGUGGACUCGAUGCUACCUCAAAACCCGCUGCAGGAACCCGUGAGGCAGGCGUGGGACCACAUGCUCCAGAACUACAGCAAGUUCCAGAUCGCCACAUGGGGCUCGCUUAUCGUGCACGAAUUGGUCUACUUCCUCUUCUGUCUACCAGGCUUCAUGUUCCAGUUCAUACCGUUUAUGCAGAAGUACAAGAUUCAGCAGGAUAAACCAGAGACAUGGGAGAGACAGUGGAAGUGCUUCAAGGUGCUAAUCUUCAAUCACUUCUGCAUCCAGCUUCCUCUCAUAUGCGGCACAUACUACUUCACAGAGUUCUUUAGCAUCCCUUACGACUGGAACUCCAUGCCCCGCUGGCCGUACCUCUUAGCUCAGUGCUUCGGCUGUGCAGUGAUCGAGGACACGUGGCACUAUUUCCUGCACCGGGCUCUCCAUCACAGACGAAUCUACAAAUACAUCCACAAAGUUCACCAUGAUUUCACUGCUCCGUUCGGGAUGCAGGCGGAGUAUGCGCACCCGUUGGAGACGGUGAUCCUCGGAGCUGGCUUCUUCAUCGGGAUCUUGGUGUUCUGUAAUCACGUGUCGCUCUUAUGGGCCUGGGUCACCCUCCGUCUCCUGGAGACCAUAGACGUGCACAGCGGUUAUGACAUCCCUCUGAAUCCGCUGCACGCCAUCCCGUUUUACGCCGGCGCACGCUUCCACGACUUUCACCACAUGAACUUUGUAGGUAACUACGGCUCCACCUUCACCUGGUGGGACAAGUUGUUCAACACCGACGACCAGUACAACAGCUACAUGCAGAAACAGAGUCAAAAGAAAACCGAGUAGCGCGCACACUUACACCUCUCACUCAUGUGUUUCACACUGGACUGAACAGAUGUCAGUGCAUCAACACCAGCAUCAAAUACUAAAUUACCCUCAAUGUGCCUUUGGAUCAUAUAUAUUUCCGUGAUCUAAGGAAUCAAUAAAUCCGUCACUUUACAAUAAUGAUGCUCUUGUUCCUAAAAGCACUUUGGAUAAAAAGAUUUUGUCUUUUCCUGCUGUUUUUUUUUUGUUUGUUUGUU